GUCUCGCCAUCGUGGCUGAUGACUACUUUCGGGAGGACAAGAUGAAUUCUGGGUUUAUGUUUAUUCCCUACCUGCUGAAAGAGUCCCACGACCACAUUGAAGACUGCCUGUCGUUUUGUGAACUUGAACCAAAAUGUAACAUCGUGACCUUUGACAAGACACGCCGCAUGUGUAGGGGAUAUGAAAACGUCACCCAAUCGGAAGCUUUCAUCGCAGUACCCGGCACGAAGCUGUGGUCAAACAACAGACAGAAGACCCAACGAUAUUCCUACCCUGGGAAGACCUGGGUUGCUGACCAGUCACGUGUAGGUAAGGUCUACAGCCCAACCAACUGGAGAGAGUUUAUUCCCCAGCUUGACGACUGCGUGGUCCGUUGCCGGAAUCAUCCCGACGGAUGUCAUUACCUCACAUUCACAGAGCACCUUUCGGAUUGCCGAUCUUUCCUUGGCACUGCUGAUUCAGAAGUGGCGUUGGCAAAUACAACCGUUUGGAUGC